CUCAGUGACUGUUUCACCCCACUGUUAAAGCAAGUCCUAAUGAACAAGCUUGUAGACACAGAACCCGGACCUUUAUACUUAAACGUAUAAGUGUACGUUCCAAACGGCCAAGGAUCAACACAACGCACCCACUCGAAACAGCCUCCCCAGGCCAUCUCCCGCGCAUCGGCCAAUCACGCUCAGCCUUCUCCUACCGCCGUCGCUUCAAACCGGCAAACCCCCCCCCCCUCCGCCAGCGCCAUGCCAUUGAUCUUUGUCCCCACGUCCCAGUUGCUAUGGGCACGCGUGGCCGCACUGCUGUGCACCUGCACGGCGUUCAGCGCGGCCGCCCACGGCGGUUCUCUCCCCAGCUCCGUCAUCACCGACUGGUGCAUCUUCUGCUGGGCCUUCGGCUUCGCCUUCACCCUGCUGGUCCUGCUGGCCGAGGCUUUCGGCUUCCAGGCCCGGGUGCCCGUCUCCUGGAACAACUUCCCCAUCACGGUGGCCUCCUACUCCGCGCACCUCUGCCUCGCCGCCUCCAUCCUCUUUCCGCUGACGUUCCUCCGGGGCCAGACAGACUACAUGCCUAGCGACGUGAAGGGCCACCGGGUGGCCUCCACCGUCUUCUCCUGCCUGGCCACGCUGGCCUACGUGCUGGAGGUGAGCCUGACCAAGGCCCGGCCCGGGGAGGUGGCGGGCUACAUGGCUACGGCGCCGGGCUUGCUCAAGGUGUGCCAGACGACGGUGGCGUGCGUGAUCUUCAUCUAUGUGAGCAGCCCGGUGACGUACGACUCCCACCCGGCGCUGGAGUGGUGCAUGGCGGUCUACUGCAUCUGCUUCAUCCUGUCCAUGGCCGUGGUGCUGAUGUGUGUCGGCGGCUGCACCGGCUACCUGCCCGUGCCCCUGCCCAAGUUCCUGUCUGUGUACGCGCUGCUGGCGGUGGCCAUGUACCUGACCGCCACUAUCCUGUGGCCCGUUUUCCAGUUUUCCAAGGCCAGCCGCAACCGGUACCGGAAUCCCGAUACCAAUCUGAUCGUCGUGGCCGUGCUGACGGCCGUCAACUUCCUGCUGUACCUGGCCGACCUGGCGUACUCUGCCCGCCUGGUGUUUGUCAGUGUUAUUUAAAAGACGUAUGCAUAAAGUUGGGAGAGCGUGCGACCGUUGACCAAGGCAUGACAAUGUGCUGUUGUGCACCGUAAGAUAUGCCAAAGCAUCUGAACAUAGGCCUGCAUCGCUCUAUGAGUUGUUCAGAGUUAUACUGAGUCGUGAAACCAACAUUUAAAAGGUCACUGCCAAGCAAUUUGAAUGUCUCUGAUUUCCUGCUUGAAUUUCCCUUAAAUCUGCUUUUGUUAAAUAGUGUUGUUUUAUAUGUGAGCCGUUGCGCAUCAUUUUGAAAGCUCUUUAUUUUGGUUUUUUAUCAUAUAUUGACAAAACUGUAGUGGUUGGUCUUACUUGAUAUGAUAGGAAUAAUAUAUAUAUAUAUAUAUAUAUAUAUAUAUAUAUAUACAAGCAGUCCAGUAAAUAUAAAGGGAGAAAAAACACCAAUCGAUCAUCAGUCAAGGUGUCUGGGGACCGAAACUCAAUCAGACAAACGUUGAGUGGCAAAAUAAUGAGACAUUUUUACAUUUGCCAUUAGAACUCCGUCCAUGUACACUUUUAACAUCAUUGAGAUGUUAUAUGAUGAAAGUGGAUGAUAGAUAAUCUUGCACUGAUGUUGGUGUUGAUGGAAAUCUGAAGGCAGCGAUAAUGCUUAUGUAGGCCUGCAGACGUGUGAUUGGUUAAGGACCGUGUGAGGGUAACAGGGAAUUUGAAUCCCUUAAUGGGAAAGGAGCCAUUAUUACUGUAAUAUAACAUUCACUGUAGCUUCCUUUGUACAAGCUAUCAAGGCCUACCUAUUUGUUAUUGCACUUAUAUCACAACCUUUUAUACUUUCUUGUGACCUCAUUUGACUACAACUAAUAAAACCACCAACACAUUGACCUUGUGUUCUGAUUCUUAUA